UGCCGGCGCACGCCACUUACCUAUAUCGCGCGUUAUAGACCACUACGGCCACUGCGCGGUCCGCUGCAGUGAACACUACCGUCACUCGCAUAACGCUGAGCGACCGACGACGACGACACGACGUAGUUUAAAAAAAAAAUAAAAACGAUAAUACAUCGAUAAAUUAAUAAAUCAAUACAAUAAUAUUAUAUCCGUCGAUCACUACCUACGACGACGGUACUAUAUUGUGAUCAAUUUUUCUGUCCGUGUCUGAUGUGCCGCCGUUCGAUCGCCGCGAGUGCUGCACGCGAACCACCCCGUUGUCGCGAUCAAAUGACUCGACCGUCGUCAUCGGUUUAGUUUUUUUAUCAUAUUCCUUGCGAACGGACGACAGUUUUCACGCACGCGAAUCAGUUCAUUUAUUAAUAUUUUCCUCUAGCGCAGUGCAACACGAUAUACACUUCGUUUAUAAUAUAUUAUAACUCGCCCGGAGGAUUCGUAACGCAAGUCCGCGAUGCGUCCAGAAUUGCCAAUCGGAUUGACGGAGCGACGGCCUCCGUUGGAAACACAACAGUCAACAAUAUGGACGAGGCGCCAACAAGCUGUGUGCGUAAGACGUGCUUACAAGAAAUAUGGACAGAGCUCAAAUCCACAUGUUAUACUUGAUGGGCUUAACAUGACUGUCCCAAAAGGCUGCAUAUAUGGUCUUUUGGGAGCUAGUGGAUGUGGAAAAACCACAUUGUUGAGUUGCAUAGUUGGCCGCAGAAGACUGAACGCUGGUGAAAUAUGGGUGUUGGGUGGUAAACCGGGAUCUGCCGGCAGCGGCGUUCCAGGACCUCGUAUCGGAUACAUGCCUCAGGAAAUUGCUCUUUAUGGAGAGUUUACGAUACGGGAAACUAUGCAGUUUUUUGGCAUGGUAAACGGCAUGACACCGAAACAAGUGGAUGACGAAAUAGAAUUUUUACUUAAAUUCUUAAUGUUACCGUCGGCCAGCAGGCCGGUAAAAAAUUUGAGUGGUGGACAGCAACGAAGAGUUUCUUUUGCCGCGGCCCUGUUACACAAUCCCGAGUUACUGAUUUUGGAUGAACCUACUGUUGGCGUUGACCCAGUUCUUCGACAAGGAAUAUGGGACCAUUUAGUCCAUUUAACUAAGGAUGGAGGAACAACCAUUAUUGUAACCACACAUUACAUCGAUGAGACUAGGCAAGCUCAUAUGAUUGGAUUAAUGAGAGGAGGUAAAUUUUUGGCUGAAGAAUCGCCUACAUCGCUGUUACAAAAAUACAAUUGUCAAUCACUAGAAGACGUUUUUCUAAAGCUUAGUGUCAUUCAAAACCGUGGAAAACGGAGGCGUAGCAGCAUUUUACAUGACAUAACAGCCUCCAUUUCUGUUCCGGAAUCAUCUCCCACGCCUGCUAUCGAAGCGCUGAAUUCGAUAUGUGACAACUCGUCGGAAAUGAGCGGAGAAUUUGGAGACAGCAUUAGUCCCGUUCCACUAAGUAAGCGUAUGUCUGUAUCUUCAAUGCAAGUCAACAAUGCGGAAAUGGAACUUCCACCAGAAGUAAAUACUAAAAUGAAAUUUUUGGACCAAUGCAAAAUAUUUCAGACGCAUCACAUGCGAGCAUUGAUAUGGAAAAACUUUCUGUGGAUGUGGAGAAAUGUGGCGGUAAUGAUGUUUAUUGUCGGACUUCCAGUUGCCCAAAUCGUGUUGUUUUGUUUGUCCGUUGGAAAAGAUCCUCAUGGCUUGCACUUGGCCAUCGUCAACCAUGAAACCAACAACAGAACGUGCCCGCCGACCGGAUCUUGCGAGUUAACUCAACUCAGUUGCCAGUUCCUACGUCAGAUUGAACUACGGCGGCAAGUAUUAGAUUAUUUCGACGACGAAGAAUCCGCUUUUCGAGCAGUUAAACGUGGUAAAGCUUGGGGUGCUAUAUCUUUCACUUCAAACUAUUCAACGUCACUAAUGCAACGUAUGGAUGAUGGGACGGAAACAACGGAGUUGGCACUAGAUGAUAGUGUUGUCUCCAUUUGGCUCGACGAAUCGAAUCAACAAAUAUCCAUGCUGCUUCGGCGAGAUCUUGUGUUUGCUUUCGAAGAUUUUGCUAAAAUUCUGGCGGUGAAUUGUAACUUCAGUACAAAAGUUGUAACUAGCCCUAUACAGUUCCAUAAACCUAUAUACGGCCCAUACGUACCAAAUUUUACAGAUUUUGCUGCUCCAGGGGUCAUACUCACGAUUAUAUUUUUCCUGGCUGUAGCUUUGACGUCUGGCGCUAUGUUGAUCGAAAGAAACGAAGGCAUAUUAGAAAGAAGUUUAGUUUCAGGUAUUACGGGGAUUGAAGUACUUUUAGGGCACGUGGCGUGUCAACUUGUAAUCAUGGUGUUCCAAUCACUGAUGGUCAUUGCAUUCGCAUUGGUUAUUUUUGAUGUUACCAACGAAGGGGAUGUGUUUUGGAUAUGCUUAUUAACGAUACUGACUGGACUGUGUGGCAUGUGUUUUGGAUUUGUAGUUUCUUGUGUAACUGACAGUGAGAGGAAUGCGACAUAUCUGGCAAUGGGCAGUUUUCUUCCUAUUGUCAUGCUUUGCGGCAUAAUAUGGCCAGUGGAAGGAAUGCACGCGGCGACAAAAUCAAUAAGUUUUUUUUUGCCACUAACACAGUCUACGGAAUCGAUGCGAUCAAUGUUGGCAAGAGGUUGGCCAAUCACCGAACCUUCUGUUUACAUUGGUUUUUUUUCCACAAUAAUAUGGAUUUUUGUAUUCCUCACAUCUAGUGUACUGUUGAUUAAAUUCAAAAAAGGAUAGUCUAUAUAAACACAUUUUUUUUUUUACUGCAAAAUAUGGACUACUACAUACAAAUUAAUUGUAAGGUAUCAAUAGUUUUUAGUGACAUACCGUAAUAUAAAGUUCCUUAUAUUAUGUUCGCGUUACAUGAAUGGGACAGCAGUGUGUACUUUUAUCAAUCGGUUUAUUUUUAGUUUCUUGCUCUAUGUACCUAAAUUAAAAUUAUUGCCAAAGCAUUUGAUAUUUGAACUAAAUAUUUUAUUAUUCGUUGAUAUUGCUAAUUAGUAGUUCAUGAAAUAUCAAUAAAAAUAAUUGAAAAAAAUAUGUAAAUAAAAAUUAGAAAUCAAAGGCAAUACAUUAUACAUUACCUAUAUUAAGUGUUUAUUACAAUAUUACAUACAUUUGAUGUGACUAUUCUAAGACUUACCUUUACCUACUUAGUACUUGGAAAUAUUUGGAAAGGUAUUUCCCUUUUAUAUUAUUUUACUGUAUAAUUUUUAUGUUUAUGAUUUAUUAUUAUAAUCACAGAAUCAUUUUAAUUAUUUUUUUACUCAUUUUUUAUUUUACAUACAUUACCAAAUAAAGACUUCGCAUUUGUAUACAUAAGAUAAAAUUUAAUCAAUAAUCCAUAAAAUAUACAAUAUGACUUAUUACAAAUUGGUAUAGGUAAAACUGUAUAAUAGGAUCUAUAUUAUAAUCGAUGUAUUAUUAGAGUUUAAAGGAAAUGUUAUUAUAAAAACAAUAAUAACAAGGGUAAAUGUAAUAUAAUUAAUAAUGUAAGUUAUUUUAAUAUUCAUAAUUUUUAUUGUAAUGAUUGUAAAAUAUUAAGUUGUAGAUUUUUGUAUAAAAAUAUAAAUUAAAAACGGUAUUGUUAAUGUCAUGUGAAUCGUAUUGUUUAUAGUUAAAGCUUAAAUUAACUUAAGAUAGUUAUAUAUAUUUAUAUUGAAAAAAACAACUGUUAAAAUAUUUUUGAAUUCUUCUUUGUUGAAAAUUAAUUGUUCAUAUUAU